AUGCCUUCACAAGUAGAGAGUGAUCCAAUAGAGAAUGUCAGUGGCAUCGCUGUCCAAAGUGGUAUACAACUUGAAUCACCACACCAAGACGUUAAUGAUUUGAUUCCAAGUCAUGAAGUCAGAAAUUCAUCCCUUGAAGAGUCAUUUCCACCAAAGGUUGAAUCUCCUACUUUAGUUGGUCUACCAUCACUGAAAAAGUCAUACAAACCAAUUGUACCAACUUAUGUCCCUCCUCCACCUUUUCCAAGUAGAUUGAAAAAAUCAAAGAAAGAGGAGCCCAUUAAGGAGAUCCUUGAGAAAAUCAAAGAAGAGACUCAUUGUGCUAACACUCUUGAAGAGUUGUGUCCAAAUGAGAAAAAGUUGAAUGGAGGUGAGAAAGUAAGUGUGGGGGAGAAUGAGAAUGUUGAUGUUCAUCAAAGAAAGUUGUUGCCUGAGACAAGUACAAUUCCAUGCACAAUUACUAAAACAAGGUUUGAUCAUUGCAUGAUAGAAUUAGGAGAAAUUAUUAAUAAUAAGUCUUAUUCUAAUUUUGCUUCUUUAAAUCUUGGUCCAUCAAGAAAAACUCAAGUUUUUAUUCAAUUGACAGAUCAAACCAAUGCUUAUCCUUUAGGGAUAGUGAAAGAUAUUUUUGUGCAGGCUUAUGGACUUGUCAUUCCAGGUGAUUCUUACAUAAUUGAGAUAGAAGAUGAGGGUGAUCCCAAUCUUACAUCAACUUUAUUUGGGAGACCCUUCUUACUCACUGCAAGUAAGAAGUUGGAUACAAAAGCAUGGAUACUUAGAAUGGAAUUUGAUGGUGAAGCACUCAAAUUCAAUGUGUUAGAUUCCAUUCAUAAAUACAUAAAGAAUGUGUCUUUGUUAGAAGACCCAACGUGA